UUUCAAGGAUUGAAACCGAAAAAACGGCACCGCAUUAACUGCUUUAACGAACCCACGCUUAGUAAGCUCAGUCAAUUCCCAGUAUCUCCCAAUACGAUCGUCUUCCUGAAGAGAAUUUAGGGCACAAAUCAUCGACUCGAUCUUAAAAUGGAACAAGAAACGGGUUUGUCGAAACCAGUGGCUGUGAUAGCCUGUGCAACCAUGGCAUUCCUUUAUGUUGCCAUUCUCUAUGCUCCCACUUUGAUUCUGCGCCUCCCGGCUCCUUCUUCUCUCAAGGAAUUUAUGAUCCGACGGUUCAUAUGCGCCACCAUUUCUUCAUUCAUGUCCCUUGUUUUCUGUGCUCUCCUCCUCCCUCUGAGGAGAAGGGAGGCAACUUACUUGUUCGGCGUAUAUGGCAUCAGACUGGACCAUCUUUGGCAAGCUGUGGUCUUUCCUCUUUCAUUGACUUGUUUAAUGUACGCUGGAUCUUUGGUCUUCAAGUCAUUAUUGUUGGUGGAUUCAUGGAAGGAACACAUGCAUCAGGGUGAAGGAAUUUCUUUAAACUGUAUCAAAGAUAUCCUGCAGAACUUUCUUGCCGGGCUGUCUUCAACUGCCUCCAAUGUCUUGGCUUGGCGUAGUUAUGUUGUGGCUCCAUUAACAGAGGAAUUGGUGUUCAGAGCAUGUAUGAUACCUUUACUUCUCUGUGGAGGGUUUGAGAUCUACAUUGUCAUUUUACUCUGCCCCAUUCUCUUUAGCUUGGCACAUCUAAACCAUUGGAUGGAGAUCUAUGGCCGUCAAAACUAUAGCUUGCUCAAGACAUUCAUGGUUGUAGGUCUUCGGCUAGGUUACACUCUGAUCUUCGGUUCAUAUGCAUCUUUUCUUUUCAUUCGAACAGGACAUCUUGUUGCUCCAUUAGUUGCUCAUAUAUUUUGCAAUUUUAUGGGAUUGCCUAUGCUGUUUGUGAGGAGGACAGGGAUGGUGAGCUUAGCAUUCAUUGCUGGAACUGUAGCCUUCAUAUGUCUUCUUUGUCCUGUAACACAGCCUCAUUUGUACAAUGAUGGGACAAAUGACUGUGAAUGCUGGCGUGGAUAUUGUUCCUCGAACUUAAACUCCUAAUGCUGAAAGAAGACGGGACUGACAUUCUCUGCUUGUAGAUGAGAUUAAGUUGGAGGGAGAGUGGAAUGCUUCAAAAGUUAGGAGGUGUAAAAUCUCUCCUCGUCCCUUUCAUGGGCAGUCCAGAUUUUUGCCCUUGAUCUCCUGGACUUGUCUGUAUCUUUUAUCCCCAUCAUUCCGUUUCUCUUAUAAACUAAGCUGCUGCAAAUUCUCAAAAAAAAGAGGAAAAAUAGUUCAAAUUCGUAGAUAUGAAAAUCUCCGAAUCAAUCUGAUGAACUCCAAAGAUUUGCUUGUUUUAUAAAUUAAUCUUUGAAAAGUGUGUGCUAACUGUGUUGAGAAUGGAAUUUGCACAAGUGUCCAGUGACAUCUUUAUAUAA